CCAUCACUGUUUCAUUUCUUCUCUUCACACUUCUCUCGUCUCUUCACUCAUCAACAACGCACUCUUUCAACUCGUUUGCGACGGUUGUUCCACCUCGUUUAUCAGCUUCCAUUGAGUAUCAUGGAUACCAAAGUGGCGAGGUUCAACGGAACUAAACGCGUCAUUGGGACGAAAACCUGCAUCUUUUGGCUCAAUGGAAGAUGCAACAGAGAUAAUUGUAGGUUUUUGCACGGUGAACCAUCGACUCAUUCUUGGAAUCAUAAUGAAAGGAAGGGACGUUUCUCUUCAACACCGUAUCAUAAUCCGAAUAAGAGCCUUCCCAAACAUAAUGCCAGCAGCACCCUUUCAAAUAGAAGGGUUGGAGAUGACAAGUUUCCUCCCAAAUGUAACAAGAAGACUGUGUUUAUUCGGAAGACCGGGGAUGACAAGUCGCCUCCCAGACAUGAAACUGAGAGUCUCUUAAAUCGAAAGACUGAGGACGAGAAGUCGCAUCCCAAAGAUGCUACUAUUGGAGAUGACAGUAAAAAGACACAAGUUGCUAAGGUCUCUCCAAAGCAAGUCUGCAAAUAUUGGAUGAAUGGCGAUUGUGUUCGCGGGGAACAUUGCCAGAAUUUACAUUCGUGGUUUUAUGGUGAUGGCUUUGCCACAUUAGCAAAGCUUCAAGGACACAAGAAGCUUGUCACUGGAAUUGGACUUCCACAUGGAUCAAACAAACUUUAUUCUGGCAGCACCGAUGGGACACUUCGGACAUGGGACUGUGUUACUGGUCAAUGUACUAAUUUGAUGAAUCUUGGUGCUGAAGCUACCUCUUUGAUCAGUGAGGGCCCGUGGAUUUUUGUUGGUCUGCAUAACAUUGUCAAGGCAUGGAAUACGCAGACUGCUUCUCAUUUAACUCUCGAUGGACCUAAGGGACGAGUCCUUUCCAUGGUUGUUGGCAAUGAUACACUCUUAGCUGGAGCAGAGGACGGUGUAAUUUCUGCAUGGAGAGGCAGUUCUAAAUCCGAGUCCCCUUUUGAACUGGUUGCAUCACUACGCGGUCACACUAAAUCUGUUGUUUGCCUGGCUGUUGGAUGUAACAAGAUGUUGUACUCAGGAUCCAAGGAUCAAAGCAUCAAGGUUUGGGACCUAGACACAUUUGAGUGUAAAAUGACACUCAAUGCGCAUACAGACGAAGUCACGUCCCUUAUUUGUUGGGACAAUUUCCUGUUAUCUGGUUCAUCAGACUGCACUAUCAAGGUCUGGUAUAAAACCGUCGAGGAUACUUUGGAAGUUGCAUAUUCACACAAUGUAGAAAACGGCGUUGUUGCGUUAUCUGGGAUGACUGAUCCAGAAAACAAGCCUAUAUUGUUCUGCUCUACCAGUGACAAUUCAGUUCGCCUCUAUGAACUGCCAUCAUUUGCCGAGAGGGGUAGAUUGUUUGCUAAGCAAGAAGUUGGAUUAAUCCAUACAGCUCCGGGUGGACUCUUCUUCACCGGAGACAGAACUGGUUUGCUGACUGUCUGGAAAUGGUUGGAAAAGCCCAAGGUUGCAGCAUCCUCUUGAGUCAUGACAAAUGCUUUCUUCCACCAACUACUUAACACUGUUGAUGUAAUUUGAGUGAUCCUUUAAGCUUUAGGCAGAAGGUCACACAAUUCAAUUAUUCUUGUUGCCAAUCAUUUGAGAAAGCUAAUUGUAAAAGCAAGUUAUGUAUAUAUUAAACAGAGCAGUUUCAAUUCCAUUUUUUGCUCUCUUCUGCAGCUCUGCUGUUAGUUAGAGACUUA